CGACCAUUUGACAAUGCGUACAUAGGAGAGAAUGUGUAGACCACUUUAAAAUGCGUAGCAGCAGUAGUAGCAAGAAGCAUCUCUCAGUACGGUACAAAAAUAAUACGCAUCCGACGACGAUAAGCAUGUACUCUAGCUACUCUGUGAUUUAAAAAGGUGUCCCUAAUGAAUUAUUUAAAGGUGUUGAAGUUACUAUGUCAGGGCUUACGGGAAGAUAUAACCGAGGUUACGCCAGUAUGUGAGGAUGGUCAGUCACGUUGCCACACCGCUGUAGGUGACCUCGCCAACUGGAUGUCCAAUAAUAGUGAAACUUUGCAAUACAAGCACAUCAAAGAGUUGCAUCUACCGGGUUCACACAACUCUGCAUCGCACACUAUCAACACGAUCACCCGCCAGCUAUCGAAGUGCCAGAAUGUAUCGAUCAGUGAGCAGCUGGAUAUGGGAGUGCGCUACCUCGACCUCCGAGUAGGUAACUACUCUGGAUUUCCUCACUAUGUGAGCGCCCCAGUAGUAUGCCAUGGGCUG